GCGAGCUGCGCCUCGCCUGCGGGGCUCGUCGAGUCCCGGCGGCGGCUGCGGGGGCAGCGGAGGGGGGGGACUUCCGUGACUGUGCGCCAUGGCGGCCAACGAGGACCAGGAGAUGGAGCUGGAGGCGCUGCGCUCCAUCUACGAAGGAGAUACGUGCUUCAGGGAGCUGAGCCCGGUGUCCUUCCAGUACAGGAUAGGUGAAAGUGGAGAUCCCAAAGCGUUUCUAAUAGAAGUUUCUUGGCCAGAAACAUAUCCUCAAACAGCACCAGUCAUAUCAAUGGAUGCUUUCUUCAACAACACAAUAUCUUCAGCGAUUAAACAAAGUAUAUUGGAUAAGUUGAUGGUAGAAGUUGAAGCAAAUCUUGGGACUGCUAUGACAUACACACUUUUUGAAUAUGCCAAAGAUAAUAAAGAGGUGUUCAUGGAAAAUCAGCCCGUUAACACUGUGACUUCAGUAAGCAAUAGUAUUGCAAUUGGAACUCCUGAUGUGCCAGCAAGUAAGAAAAAAGACAAAAAGGAGCAUUUAUCCAAAACCCAGAAACGAAAACUAGCCGAUAAAACAGAUAACAAAGGGGAGCUUCCGCGAGGAUGGAACUGGGUGGAUGUAAUCAAGCAUGUAAGUAUUUUCAAGUUAUGUUUUUUUUAAUGCUUAAAAGAUUGUAGGAAAUAGUAAGGACUGUUGCUCAUUUUGGAUUCUAAUUUACAUAUUUCGCAAAUGCUUUAAGAUGCUUAAUCCUUAUGAAUAUUGGCAUCAGAAGGACUUUGAUUCCUCAUUGAACUUUGUUGGUUUAGUCCUUGUUUUUAUUUAUUGAAUAAUUUUAGUUUUAUGAUGAGAGGGCUUUUCUGGCCAAAAGUAUUGCAAAAAUUCUGCCUUCAUGUGGCAACAAGAUGUAAAAUAAAAUUAGUGGUGCUGACAGGUUCUGGAGGGCAAUGGAUGAGUAAACAGAAAAAGGGAGCUGUCCCAGGUGGGAGCAUGUUGCUGUCUCCUACAAGCCUGGCCAUUCUCUGCUGCAGCUCCUCCAGUGAAUAGUUCCUUUCUACUUGCUUCUUCAGCAUUCAUUUCUGCCCCACUCUUCUUCUUUGCUCAUUCUGUGGAAACCAGUAUAGCUGCUUGACAAUUUUGAAAGCAAACUGUUUUAUUUACACAACUGUAAGUAAUUCUCGGUGUAAAACCUAACACUGAGCAAAUUAAUGAUUAUGGUAGCUUUGAAGAGAGUCCUUCUGAGUUAAAAGUGGCUAUGUGUAGUGGCUGUCUUGGAUUCCAGAUGGACAUCAAAUUAGAUGCACUACAUUUAGUAAUUAUAAACUUAGCUUUAAAAAGUGAGAAAUAGUAAGUUGAUGUCUGGUUUUGUAUCGUGUAAAUUUCUAUAUGGGAAUUCCCUGAGAGAUGUGUGAAGAUACUUUUUCCAUUACUUCAUCUUUUUUAUUUUGGAGAGCUUGUGGUGGAGUCUUCAAAUUAAAUGCAAACACUACCCUGAGGUUUUUCUGGGGUUGUGUGGCUCUUUCUUUGCUUGAUCAACUUUCACAUUCAGGAAAUAACCUCAUUUAGUGUUUAAGCUUAAGAAAUUAUUUUUGAUGCUUUUCAGUCUCUUGGUACAGUAGCACAAUCAGUCUGUAUUAUGAAUUAAAUAUAUAUGUGUUCUGUGUAAGAUGGAGAUAAUGUUGUUCUUCUUUCCUAAUAAAUGGAAUGGCAGUCUAAACUUUGAAUACUUUCUUUUUGUGUCUCUUUUAUAGUUAAGCAAAACUGGUUCUAAAGAUGAUGAAUAAAGGACUUUGGUACAAGAAAACUCCACCUUUUAAUACAGUGCAAUUUUGGGUCACCAUCUUUCUCUUUAAUAACUUUCAUAUUUGUUAAAGUAAACAUUUUAUAAAGCUCGAUUUCCUAACUUGUAGACCUAGUCAAACAAGUUUAUCUAGAGACUAUGUAGUCUUUGGGACAAAAAAGCAACCUACAAACUUGCCUUAAAUGAGGGUUAGAAUGUGACAAAAGAUUUAGAGUGCCAGCGUGGUGAAGUGAAUAGUGCUAUAUGCAGUGUUUAUUAAUUUGUAUUUUGCUCUGUAGUAAAAUCCUGUUAUAGUGGACCCAAUGAUAUUGUAAACAUUUUCUGGUGUUCUAACUCCAAUUGAAGAAAAAAGCACUAUAACAGUGAUUGGACACUUCAAAAUAAAUUAUUCCAUGGAAACAAGACCUUUGUCAUUUGUUUAUCUAAUAUGAAUGUGGAAGGAGAACAUUAAAAUUGUUACAUUGCAAUACAAAUUUCACCAGUUAGUGGCUGAAAUAGUAAAUACUUAGCAAAAGCAAGGCCAAAUAUCCUGGUCUGCUCAAAAAUGAGUGGCUGUAGCAGGAGUAUGUCGUCUUUAUUCUCUGAGAUAUCCGUUAGCCUUUCUCCCAUGUGCAUCUUUACAGAAGGUGGAUAUCUGUGGGGAGGGAAAAGUGCUUUCUUGCAUGUGUCUUGGUGAGUGUUGGGAUUUUAUAGCUCUUUCAUUGGAGAAAUGGGCUUGGAGGCCCACACUGAGUGGUGGGACAGUGGAAGUCAGCACUGUGCCAAAUGUGUUGGGGGAACUCUUUUUGUUUUCUUAAUCUGCUCUCUUGUAUUGGAAAGAGAAGUCAUCUUUACUAUAGGAACGGUUACUGAACACGAGAUGCCUUAAUGUCCUUUAUUAUUUUUGUUUGGUUUGAGAUGAACUUUAAUAAAUGCCUAUUUAUCUGC